CAAUGGUGCUUGGGAUUUGGACACAGUUAUUGUACAAAUGGCGGGAAUAAGCGGGUGUAUUCAAGCGGGCUGCUUAAGGUAGCAUUUCAUGAAUAAUGCAUGCUUCUGACCUUCACUUCUUAUGGCUUUCUCCCCCCUGGGAUUACUGGUUGGGGGCCUUUGUUGCUUCCAAUGGGCUUUGUCAUUCCUGCUUUUGCCAAGUGGUAUAGAUCUGGGGAAGAGCAGGAGGAAUUUCGCCUCUAUUUGCCUCCCUCCUACCCACUCAUUGCAUUUUGGCAACGCAUCAAGUAAGCCC